CACUGGUCUGCUUCCAUUGUGUGCUCUCUCUCCCCUUCUGCAUUUUCAUUCUUUCAUUUGCUGCCUUUCUCCAAAAAUGGCUUAUCAAUCCUCUGUAAAGAUUCAGAAGAAAGGCUUCAGCAAUUCCUCUGCCAUCAUUCCUAACUCGUGCCGCACCAGUUUCAGCUCCAGCACUAUGUCCAGAAGUGGAGGUUGUGGUGUUGGUGCUGGUUUGGGUAGAGUUGGUGGAGGUGGCGGCGGCGGCUUCGGCAGCCGAAGCCUCUACAGUCUAGGUGGAUCUAAAAGGAUCUCUGCUGGUGGUGGUGGUUCCUGUUUCGGCAGUGGCGUUGGUGGUGGAUAUGGGUUUGGUGGCAGCUAUGGGUUUGGUGGUGGUGCUGGUGGCGGAUAUGGGUUUGGAAGUGCCGUAGGUGGGGGAAACUAUGGCUUUGUCGGAACUGGUUUCGGCGGAGGCAGAAGCGGUGCUGGUUUCCCAGCUUGCCCACCUGGUGGAAUCCAAGAAGUGACUAUCAAUCAGAACUUGUUGGCGCCUCUCAACCUGGAGAUUGACCCCAACAUCCAGAGAGUCCGUAAAGAGGAGGGGGAGCAGAUCAAGACACUCAACAACAAAUUUGCCUCCUUCAUAGAUAAGGUGCGUUUCCUUGAACAACAGAAUAAAGUAUUAGAAACCAAGUGGGCGCUUCUUCAGGAACAAGGACAGAAAACUGUCAGAAAUGACAUUGAACCUUUCUUUGAGGUUUACAUCAACAACCUCAGGAAACAGCUGAAUAACUUGGAGAAUGACAGAGGGAAGCUGGCUGGAGACUUGAAUAGCAUGCAAAACCAUGUGGAGGACUACAAGAACAAAUAUGAAGAUGAGAUCAACAGGCGUACAACUGCCGAGAAUGAUUUUGUAACCCUUAAGAAGGAUGUGGAUGCUGCCUACAUGAACAAAAUAGAACUUGAUGCCAAGGCAGAUUCCUUGAAGGAUGAGCUCUGCUUUUUGAGAGCCCUGUAUGAACAGGAACUUGCACAAAUGCAGGCCCAAAUCACCGACACUUCUGUGGUUCUGUCCAUGGACAACAACCGCAACUUGGACCUUGAUAGCAUCAUUGCUGAAGUCAAAAGUCAAUAUGAAGAGAUUGCAAACAGGAGCAGAGAUGAGGCUGAGUCUUGGUACCAAAGCAAGUAUGAAGAGCUCCAGGCUUCUGCUGGAAGACACGGAGAUGACCUCCGCAAUACGAAGCAUGAGAUUGCUGAAAUCAACCGACAAAUCCAGAGACUGCGGGCUGAGAUUGACAACGUGAAGAAGCAGUGUGCCAACCUGCAGGCAUCCAUUGCGGAGGCAGAAGAGCGCGGGGAGCUGGCCCUCAAGGAUGCAAGGCAGAAACUGGCAGAGCUGGAAGAUGCUCUUCAGAGAGCCAAACAGGACAUGGCUCGGCAGAUGAAGGACUACCAGGAUUUGAUGAACACCAAACUAUCUCUGGAUAUCGAGAUCGCCACCUACAGGAAACUUCUGGAAGGAGAGGAAUGCAGGUUGGGAAAUGAUCAAGCCAACUCAGUCAACAUCUCGGUUGUGUCUUCGACUAUGGGACGCAGUGGAGUUGCUGGCGGCAGUCUAGGCUAUGGAGGUGGAAACAGCUUCGGCCUGGGAGGUGGAAGCGGAUUCGGUGCUGGAGCAGGGUGCAUGGGCCUUGGGAGUGGACUUGGUAUGGGAGGAGGCAGUUUCAGUUCUGGGAGUGGAAGAGGCAUCGGCGGAGGGGUGAGCCUUGGCGGUGGCAGCUGCUCUAGUGUGAAAUUUGUCUCAACCUCCUCUUCUCAAAGAAGCAGCAGAAAGUAAAGUGCAAACUCCUUCAGCCUCUUCAAAAGAAAUCUCCGCUGGUCUCUGGUGCUGAACUGGAUCUCACCAACGUCUGUCAUGCUACAAACAAACUUCUGCUACUACGGUGUUAAGAGCUUGUUUCGUCAUACAUGGCAAAACCCCAAACUCUGCUUUAUGGACAUUCCACUGAGCUCUGCUUUGAUCACAUUUUGCCCAAAUAUGCAACCUGUCCUCCUUUAUUUUCCUCAGAAUACAUCCAGAAUUUGUAUAAACCAGACUACUGUUUGUUCUUGCUUAAGUUGUUUGGAGCCCCCCCUUCACUUUUUGUUUAUUAUUGUGUCCAAUAAAAAUGCAUAUUGUAAUGUA